AUGAUUGAGAAGACUCCUAGAAUACUGGAAAUGCCACUUAAAGAUGAUAAAGAGGCCGACAAUACCGUUGUGAAGAAUGAAGAUAUCCACGAGAAUGAUGUUCUGAUGGGGCGUGGAGGGAAAAACAACAGACAUGUAGGGAACGAGAAACUUCGCGACGUUGCCAGGGCUGAGGUGGAACGGUAUAAAGUAUCCACAAAGAAAAUCAAAUCAGCAAUAUCCAGAGAUAUAGUGAAGCGAGUACGAGACUUGGACCCUCCUGGAAGGUUCCUCAAGAGGGUUGCGGAGACGGGCGAAUGGGAAGAUGUCGGGGACUAUCUGGCCAGGGAAAAAGUUGCGCAAGUUCUACGGGACGCUGUUUGCGAAGCAGCCGAAGCCAUGCGACCGAGCGUUCCUCCCCAUAUGUUUGCUUCUGCGUCGCCAUACCCGCAAUACCCUGACAGCGGGGCUGCUGCAGGCGUGUUUCGGCAUAGUCCGGCGUCUCGACCAUUUGGUCCAGGUAGUGAGGCAAUCCCAGGUGUUGUAACAGCCUCUGGAAGUAGCUCUUUUGGGCAUCCCGCGCACCCCGCUUACAGCAUGCCACCCCCAGGGUGGUAUGCUUACGGACACCCGCCUCCGCCCCAACCAUAUCCGGGCAUGCCCCCGUUUCCUCCGGGAUUCCAACGCGCCCAUCCCCAUCAUUUUCUGGCAUCGUCAACUGCAGCACAUGCCUCGUAUGUUCCUCGGCCUCCAGCCACGGCGAGAACAGCGGCAGCUUCACCCCCUUCUGGGUCCAACGACGCUGCUGCUCAAACUCCACAUACACCACCAGGAAGAAAUGAUACUUCUACGGGCUUCCCGCCAUCGUACUCUAUCUCGCUUUCGGUUGCGGCCGCGCCUGGGGCUGUGCCACUUGCUGCACGCACCGAGGCAUACAUGUCUUGGCACCCCUCAACAGAUGCCACGCCUCCGGGCAACCGAGGUAGACGCAAACGGGCUCGGUCUUUGCCGGGGUCGCCUGAAACCGGUAGCUCCGAGUCAUCACCCCCAGAAAAGGCAACCCCGCCAGCCAAGUCCCCAGCUCGUUCCCCUGCCAAGACAAAAACAUCCGCAACACAAACGCCACCUUACGAGGAACCUGGUAUCAGUGCUGCAAGAGGUGCUGGUCCUGUACCGGUAGCGACCCAGACUCACCCACAUCACUGGGGACCUCCGCCGCCGCCACCGCCUCCAUCCAUGCUCUACCCGCCUGGCCAACGACAUCCACGAGAGCAUGUUUAUUACGAGCAGCGCAGCCAACAUUAUUUUGAGCAAUCCACAUAUCAGCCCCAACCACAUCCCCCGACUAGAUCCUUUUCGGCCCCUUUGCCUGUUCACGAAGGGUUGCCUGUUCAUGAAGGGCUGCCUGCUGCACCUGAAAGGGGUGGUGAAGCAGAUGUCAGUGAUGCUUCUAGUCGCUCGGUAGUAGAACGGUCUACGAGUCUUGCGACAUUCUCGUCGCGAAAACAAGUUACUCGCAGGAUUCCCAGACCGCUGGCAUCCCAAGGGAGUGCCAUAACGGGCGGAGGAGCUCGAGGCGCGAACACUCCUACAGGCGCGUUCCACAGCAGCAGUAGUGCAGAACCAUCAUCAGAGACAGCAAUAGAACCUCUUCCAGCAGCACUGCCGAAUUCCAAUCGCCCUACAGCAGCAAGACGCAGCAGCCGAGCAAGCCGAACGUCUACUCCCCGUGGGUCGCCUCGUCCAAGUGCCGAUGAACCGAUGGAUUGGUUUCAAGGACAGCUCCUUCUUGAAAGCGACGAAGAACACUCCGAGCACGGGAACGACAAGAACGGAUAUGCCGUAUAA